ACUUUUGAUGCAAAUGACUUAUAUCAGGGGCAGAACUUUAACAAGGUCCUCGGCUCCUUGGUGACAUUAAAUAAAGUGACAGCAGACAUCGGACUAGGAAGUGACUCUGUGUGUGCUCGGCCCUCUUCACAUCGGAUAAAGUCUUUUGAUUCCUUGGGAACCCAGUCUUCACACAGUAGGACUUCAAAAUUGCUUCAGAGCCAGUACCGAAGCUUGGACAUGACUGAUAAUAGCAACAGCCAACUGGUAGUACGAGCCAAGUUUAAUUUCCAGCAGACCAAUGAAGAUGAGCUCUCCUUCACGAAGGGUGAUGUCAUCCAUGUCACACGAGUGGAGGAAGGAGGCUGGUGGGAGGGCACGCACAGUGGCAGGACCGGCUGGUUCCCCAGCAACUAUGUGCGCGAAAUCAAGCCAAGUGAGAAGCCUGUGUCACCCAAAUCAGGAACAUUGAAGAGCCCUCCCAAAGGGUUUGAUACGACUGCCAUCAACAAGAGCUAUUACAACGUGGUGCUACAGAAUAUCCUAGAAACAGAGCAUGAAUAUUCUAAGGAGCUGCAGUCUAUGCUUUCCACCUAUCUGCGGCCACUGCAGACCAGCGAGAAGUUGAGUUCCGCAAACACUUCGUAUUUACUGGGAAAUUUAGAGGAAAUCUCUUCCUUCCAGCAAGUGCUCGUGCAGACCUUAGAAGAGUGCACCAAGUCUCCUGAGGCCCAACAGAGAGUUGGCGGCUGCUUUCUGAGCCUGAUGCCACAGAUGAGGACCCUGUAUCUGGCUUACUGUGCCAACCACCCAUCCGCUGUGGGCGUCCUCACAGAACACAGUGAGGACCUGGGCGAGUUCAUGGAAUCCAAAGGUGCCAGCAGUCCUGGAAUCCUGGUGCUGACCACUGGCCUCAGCAAGCCCUUCAUGCGCCUGGACAAGUACCCCACACUACUGAAGGAGCUGGAGAGACACAUGGAGGAUUAUCACCCUGAUAGACAAGAUAUUCAGAAGUCCAUGACUGCCUUCAAAAACCUCUCAGCCCAUUGUCAAGAAGUCCGAAAAAGGAAAGAGCUGGAGCUGCAGAUUCUUACGGAGCCCAUCCGGAGCUGGGAGGGGGAUGACAUAAAGUCACUGGGCAGUGUUACUUACAUGUCCCAAGUCACCAUUCAGUGCGCAGGAAGUGAGGAAAAGAAUGAGCGAUAUCUCCUGCUCUUCCCAAGCCUUCUGCUCAUGUUGUCUGCCAGUCCCAGGAUGAGCGGUUUCAUCUAUCAGGGAAAGCUACCAACGACAGGAAUGACAAUCACAAAACUCGAGGACAGUGAAAACCAUAGGAAUGCAUUUGAAAUAUCAGGGAGCAUGAUCGAGCGGAUUCUGGUGUCUUGCAACAACCAGCAGGACCUUCAUGAAUGGGUGGACCACUUACAGAAGCAGACGAAGGUCACCUCUGUGACCAACCCCACCAUCAAGCCCCAUUCAGUGCCAUCACACACACUUCCCUCCCAUCCUAUCACUCCAUCCAGCAAGCACGGGGACAGCAAGCCUGUGGCACUGACACCUGCGUACCACACACUCCCCCACCCCUCUCACCAUGGUACCCCCCACACCACCAUCAGCUGGGGACCCCUGGAGCCUCCGAAGACCCCCAAGCCUUGGAGCCUGAGCUGCCUGCGGCCUGCACCUCCCCUCCGGCCCUCAGCUGCUCUCUGCUACAAGGAGGAUCUUAGUAAGAGCCCAAAGACUAUGAAAAAGCUGCUGCCGAAGCGCAAGCCUGAACGGAAACCUUCAGACGAGGAGUUUGCUGUGCGCAAGAGCACAGCUGCUCUCGAAGAAGAUGCACAGAUCCUGAAGGUCAUCGAAGCGUACUGCACAAGUGCGAAGACGAGGCAGACCCUGAACUCAACAUGGCAAGGCACUGACCUGAUGCAUAAUCACGUCUUGGCUGAUGACGACCAAUCAAGUCUAGACUCCUUGGGUCGUCGCAGUAGCCUUUCUCGUUUGGAGCCCUCAGACCUCUCGGAAGACUCUGAGUAUGACAGUAUAUGGACAGCCCAUAGUUACAGAAUGGGUUCUGCAUCCCGUUCACGUAAAGAAUCGGCUCCUCAAGUGUUGCUUCCAGAAGAAGAAAAAAUUAUAGUUGAAGAAACCAAAAGCAACGGGCAGACCGUGAUAGAGGAAAAGAGCCUUGUGGACACGGUGUACGCACUAAAGGAUGAAGUCCAAGAGUUAAGACAGGAUAACAAGAAGAUGAAGAAGUCCUUAGAGGAGGAGCAGAGGGCCCGCAAGGACCUAGAGAAGUUGGUGAGGAAGGUUCUAAAGAACAUGAACGACCCUGCUUGGGAUGAAACCAAUCUAUAGGCCGACCUUCUCAUAGGCCGAAGACCAGCAGUUCCCAGACAAGGCUGUGGUCCUCGGCCCAAGCACAGGGAUAUUCAGGACUAAGGCAGGUGGUCUUCAUCGGGUUGUUGCUGAUGUAGUUAUGCGUGAAGUAUAACACUGAGACCUGGACUGAGCAUAUGUCUGCCAACUUCUCCAUGCAGUGACUGACCAGAGUCCUCUGGCAUUUGGACUUGAGUUGAAUCUAUAAAUAGCAUACCUGUGUACUUGUAAAUACUGACCUCAGAACGCAUACCCACGAUGUGACUGGGCUAACCCUCUUGCUAGGAUUUCCUCCUCAGCCAUUCUGACCACAGGGACUGGAAGUUAUAUUCUCGAAGUGUUGGGAGCAGAAGGGUGAAGCAAUAGAUGCCUGGGCGACUGGCUUGUUCCACACAAUGCAGGCUCUGCAGUGCCAUCAGGAGCGCCCCACUUGGGCUCAGUGAGCGUUUGGGUCACCAUCCCCUUCUUAACUGCAGUAUUCCUGUCUCAGGCCUAUGGCUGUGCCCAGGGAACCAUGGAUUCUAGGGAGGUGAUGUUGCUAUCUGCCUGGGAUGCUCACUCCUGCUGCCCCAUCCUGGCUGGGCCCUGGGUCACAGGAAUGUGUCACAGUGUGGAGAAGUGGGUCGGUCUUGUGCUUGGCCCUUCCCUGAGAGAACCAGACCCUGUAUAUAGAUGUGUUAUUUAUUCCAUAUUCUCUAGCCGGUGCUGCCGGGCAGGGUUUGACUGCAGGCUGUUUUUGGCCAGCUGUUCUCUGCUUGCCUUUCCCUGCAGUCAGCAUUGUCCAGCCCACGGAAAGCCCUCUUCCCCACUUUGAGCAAGAAUAAAGCAAUACAUAUCCGCAGUUGAGCUGCACAGUGAAGGCCCCAAAGGGCUUUGCCCUGCUGUGCCAUGCCCUACUCUGCUGCCUCCCUAGGCCCAGGUAGGCCCUGGAAGGCAGGUGGCCUGGAUUAGAAGCCCUGUUUUCUAUUGGGCCAGGGCUUGCCUCUGGUUUGGCAAUAAGUGACAGUGACCUCAGGAGCUUGGCUGUCUGUUUCCUUCCUCCAAAGAGGUUGUUUUGAAGCCAGAGAAAUUUUUCCAUAGAAAGGUGUUAAGUAGCAGUGUGGCUGCAGGGGCUUCAGCAUAGCCUCUCCCUACGACGUGACCCAGCCCCCGCUCCCUGUCCUGUGUGGACCUGGCCCCUCACCUAUCCUGUGUGGCAGUUUCUGAGCAGGCACUGGGAGGUCCUUUGUGUUCUCUUCUUCCUCCACACUCAUGACUGGUUGCAGUGUCUGUGACUUGCGUCUGUCAGGAUCACUCAGGCUCACUUAGACCUCUCAUCAGAGCCUCCCACUCCAAUUAGCAUUUUACUGGUCUGUGCUGAGUGAGAAAAGGUGAGGUGUUCUCAUUCUUUUUUGGUAAGCCCCAUUUUCCAAGCACUUUGCUGACCCAAAAGACACUGCAGCAAAAGACAGUGUGUUGCUGUCACAGUAGACCUUAACUCAGGAACAACACUCCCUGCAUCUCUCCACUGUUGGCAACAGGUGCCUGGGGUUGCUGUACAGCUCCUCCGUCAAGAGUAAGCAAAGACCAUAUUUUCCAUUGGCCACGACACCACUGAGGCCACCAUCCAUGCCCCAGGACAAUUUCUUACAGACCUGCCUUAAUGAUACGCUUGGAGUUUCCAUGAGUAUUCAUGUUGUAACAUGCCUGCCCUGGACAGGGUGGCUAGAGGUUGCAUGUGGGCACACUGCCUUUUUUUUCUGUGGAUCCAGAGUCUUCCAGGCUCUCCAGGGAGUGAGAAUCUGCAUCUGAAAGCAGUUCUUUUUAAAAUCGACACUGUUGUGCACACCCACUCUCUCCUCGAGUCUCCUCGGGUGGGGCUUUGGUACCAGCAACCCAGGGCGCCAUUCGCCAACUGUUGCUCCUCUGUUUCUCUGAGGGAUGAGGGGGAUGAAGCCAUUUCCUACCCUGUAGAUGUGAAGCACUUUCCGUUCUGAACAAUGUUGCGAUGUAGCAGCCUCUGAAGCUCCAUUGUACUCUUUAUCUGCAGUCCAUGCGCCUGUGUGCACUUCAUGCCAAUCCCCCUACUUCCCUGGGAUGCCUGGGGCAUCCAGACACUACAGGAAACCCGGUGUUGGUGAAUAGCACCCGGUGUUGACUACUGCAGUGUGUGUGCUAUACCCCUGGAAUUAUUAAACUCCUUAUUUUUCUUAUCUCAUAAAAA